CCUAUAAAACGGAUUUGCAGAUCUUCCCGCGAUCACAAGAAACUAGACCUUCGCGCUAAACAGACAUGCAUGCAAAUAUUACUUUAAAACUCGUUCUGCUCCUCUUGUUUCUCCAAACGGCUCUCGGUCAAUCCGCUGGCUGCUCAAAUUGUGCACUGACCAAUAACCAGUAUGCGUGCGUAGACGAGACCAGCUAUGGAUUCUGCUUUAACCAGACGACGGUCGUCGAAAGCACAAUCACUCCAUGUCCCGAAGGAAAUUUUUGCACGCUGGACAUCAUUUGUUCUCCCCAAGAGACCUCCUCACCUUCUUGUGUACCUGAUGAUACGACAUCUACAACAUCGGAUGUAGCAACGGAUACAUCGACCGAAUCUUCCACUUUAACGACAGAUACAUCGACCGAAUCUUCCACUUCAACGACAGAUACAUCGACCGAAUCUUCCACUUCAACUCCAGAUACAUCUACCGAAUCUUCCACUUUAACGACAGAUACAUCGACCGAAUCUUCCACUUUAACGACAGACACAUCGACCGAAUCUUCCACUUCAACUCCAGAUACAUCGACCGAAUCUUCCACUUUAACUCCAGAUACAUCGACCGAAUCUUCCACUUUAACGACAGAUACAUCGACCGAAUCUUCCACUUCAACUCCAGAUACAUCUACCGAAUCUUCCACUUUAACGACAGAUACAUCGACCGAAUCUUCCACUUCAACUCCAGAUACAUCGACCGAAUCUUCCACUUUAACGACAGAUACAUCGACCGAAUCUUCCACUUCAACUCCAGAUACAUCGACCGAAUCUUCCACUUUAACGACAGAUACAUCGACCGAAUCUUCCACUUCAACUCCAGAUACAUCGACCGAAUCUUCCACUUCAGCUCCAGAUACAUCGACCGAAUCUUCCACUUUAACUCCAGAUACAUCGACCGAAUCUUCCACUUUAACGACAGAUACAUCGACCGAAUCUUCCACUUCAACUCCAGAUACAUCGACCAAAUCUUCCACUUCAACGACAGAUACAUCGACCGAAUCUUCCACUUCAACGGCAUAUACAUCUACUGAAUCAACCACAGGAUCUCCAAUAAGUGCUGAUGUUUAUUGUGCAACGUUACGACAAAAAGGAUACUUUCGGGUGGCGAGUGAUUCAACCUGCAGACAGUACGUGUAUUGCUAUAAAUUGAGCUUAGAUUACCUGGGUUGGUUAUACUACUGCAACACGAAUGAAUUUUACAACUCUGAUACCGCAUCAUGCCAGGCCGAACGCCCCCCGAAUUGCUGAAAAACGAUCAAA